CUGGGAGGCCAGCAGCGGGGACCGGGCGGCGACGGCGGCGGCGGGGGCCCGGGUCCGGAGCGCCAUAUGCAACGAUUUAAGCGGAAGCAUCUUACAGCUAUCGACUGCCAGCAUUUGGCUCAGAGUCACUUGGCUGGAACCCAGCCCUUCGGCCAAAGAUGGACAAACAGAGAUCCCAACCAUGGUCUCUAUCCUAGACCCAGAACACAAAGAGGGAGUAGGGUUCUUUGCACAGGUCAAGGAUGUCAAAGACACAGUCCUGAGUUCUUCCUAGCUGGCCAGCAGCAGUGCACCAAUGACAUGGCCAAGAGCAGUUCAGUUGGCCAGGACAGCUGUCAGGACUCUGAGGGUCACAUGAUCUUUCCUGCUGAGGGCAGUUACGCCCUGCCCCAGGAAGGCGAUGGAGAAGUGAGAGUAGGCUCAUCAAGGUCAGCUCUACCUCCCAGGAAGAGGUCCCGGUCCUUUGAGGAAGACAGCAAUAAGGUUACAGGGACCAAGCAGUGGGAUGGAGUGGCUAAGAAGACUGCACGGCUUCAGUUUUCCCCACCGUGCACAAGGCCUAGGGAGGCCAUGCAAGAAGCAGAGGACUGUUUGUCACAGCACUCUGCAGAUUCUGGAGAAACUGUCCAAGACAUUGAGGACAUUGGUCCUGACCCCAUUCCUGACUCAUACUAUGGCCUUCUUGGGACCUUGCCCUGCCAAGAACCACCAAGCCACAUUUGUAGCUUGCCUAAUGAAGUCCUGAGGCAUAUCUUUGCCUUCCUGCCUGUGGAAGACCUCUACUGGAAUCUGAGCCUGGUGUGCCACCUGUGGAGGGAAAUAAUCAGUGACCCACUGUUCAUUCCUUGGAAAAAGCUGUAUCAUCGAUACCUGAUGAAUGAAGAGCAAGCUGUGAGCAAAGUGGACGGCAUCCUCUUGAACUGUGGCAUAGAAAAGGAGUCAGACUUGUGUGUGCUGAACCUCAUACGAUACACAGCCACCACUAAGUGCUCCCCAAGUGUGGAUCCUGAGAGGGUGCUGUGGAGUCUGAGGGAUCAUCCUCUCCUUCCUGAGGCAGAGGCAUGUGUGCGUCAGUACCUGCCCGACCUCUACAUGGCUGCUGGGGGCGUUAAUGUCUGGGCCUUGGUGGCAGCCAUGGUGCUUCUCUCCAGCGGCGUCCAGGACAUCCAGCAGCUGCUGUUCUGCCUCAGGAGACCCGGCUCCACAGUGACCAUGCCAGAUGUCACCGAAACCUUAUACUGUAUAGCUGUGCUGCUCUACGCCAUGAGGGAGAAGGGAAUCAACAUCAGCAAUAGGAUUCACUACAACAUUUUCUACUGCCUAUAUCUUCAGGAGAAUUCUAAUACUCAGGCCACUAAAGUUAAGGAGGAGCCAUCUGUCUGGCCAGGCAAGAAAGCAUCCAUUCAACUUACACAUGAGCAACAGCUGAUUCUGAACCAUAAAAUGGAGCCUCUCCAGGUGGUAAAAAUUAUGGCCUUUGCAGGCACCGGGAAGACCUCUACCCUAGUCAAGUACGCCGAGAAGUGGUCUCAGAGCAGAUUUCUGUAUGUCACAUUCAACAAGAGCAUCGCAAAGCAGGCUGAGCUCGUCUUCCCCAGUAAUGUCAUCUGCAAAACCUUUCAUUCCAUGGCCUACGGGCACGUCGGGCGGAAGUACCAGCUGAAGAAGAAGUUGAAUCUCUUCAAGUUAACGCCUUUCAUGGUCAAUUCGGUUCUUGCUGAAGGGAAAGGUGGAUUCAUCAGGGCCAAGCUUGUAUGUAAGACUUUGGAAAACUUCUUUGCCUCCGCUGAUGAAGAGCUGACUAUUGAUCAUGUACCUAUUUGGUGUAAGAACAGCCAAGGACAGAGAGUCAUGGUUGAACAGAGUGAGAAGUUGAAUGGUGUCCUUGAAGCAAGCCGACUCUGGGACAACAUGCGGAAGCUGGGAGAAUGCAAAGAAGAGGCUUACCAAAUGACUCAUGAUGGCUAUUUGAAACUCUGGCAGCUGAGCAAGCCUUUGCUUGCCUCUUUUGACGCCAUCUUUGUGGAUGAGGCCCAGGACUGUACCCCAGCUAUAAUGAAUAUAGUUCUGUCUCAGCCAUGUGGGAAGAUCUUUGUAGGGGACCCACACCAACAGAUCUAUACCUUCCGGGGUGCAGUCAAUGCUCUGUUCACAGUUCCCCACACACACGUCUUCUAUCUCACACAGAGUUUUAGAUUUGGUGUGGAAAUAGCUUAUGUGGGAGCUACUAUCUUGGAUGUCUGCAAGAGAGUAAGGAAGAAGACGUUGGUUGGAGGAAACCAUCAAAGUGGCAUUCGAGGUGAUGUAAAGGGACAAGUGGCUCUUUUGUCACGGACCAAUGCCAACGUGUUUGAUGAGGCUGUCAGGGUGACAGAAGGAGAAGUACCUUCCAAGAUACAUUUGAUUGGGGGGAUUAAAUCAUUUGGACUGGACAGAAUCAUUGAUAUUUGGACUCUUCUUCAGCCAGAGGAAGAACGGAAGAAACGAAACCUCGUCAUCAGGGACAGAUUCAUCAGAAGAUGGGUGCAUAAAGAAGGCUUCAGUGGCUUUAAGAGAUAUGUGACUGCUGCAGAGGACAAGGAGCUUGAAGCAAAGAUCGCUGUGGUUGAAAAGUACAAUAUCAGGAUUCCAGAACUGGUGGAAAGGAUAGAAAGAUGCCACAUAGAAGACUUGGACUUUGCAGAGUACAUCUUGGGUACUGUACACAAAGCCAAAGGCCUGGAGUUUGACACUGUGCACGUUCUGGAUGAUUUCGUGAAAGUGCCUUGUGCCAGGCAUAAUCUUGCCCAGCUUCCUCACUUUAGAGUUGAGUCAUUUUCUGAGGAUGAGUGGAAUUUACUGUAUGUUGCAGUAACGCGUGCCAAGAAGCGUCUCAUAAUGACCAAAUCACUGGAAAACAUUUUGACUCUUGCUGGGGAGUACUUCCUGCAAGCAGAGCUGACAAGUAAUGUCUUAAAAACAGGAGUGGUUCGCUGCUGUGUGGGCCAGUGCAAUAACGCCAUCCCCGUGGACACGGUCCUCACCAUGAAGAAACUGCCCAUCACCUACAGCAACAGGAAGGAAAACCAGGGUGGGUACCUGUGUCACUCAUGUGCAGAGCAGCGGAUUGGGCCUUUGGCGUUCUUAACUGCCUCUCCGGAGCAGGUACGGGCCAUGGAGCGCACUGUGGAGAACAUAGUUCUGCCCAGGCACGAAGCCCUGCUCUUCCUUGUCUUCUGAGGAUGUGCUCUCCGUGACGCAGAGUGGCCUGCGGUGGGCUCCACCUGCUGCAGACAGCCAGUGCGGGCAGGCUUCCUGCUCACCUGAGACUGGGAGUUCCAUCACGGACUGCUUUCUGAGGAAGAAGACACCAACCCAAGUCGGACCUGCCAUUUCUCUGUUCCCUACAAUAGCCAAUUUUCCACUUGCCUAGCCUCCAUAUGUAUCAGGUCAGGGAAGUGGGGGAAGUUCUUUUGAUAAAACAAACAAACAAACAACAUUUUAUGUAUUUAAACUUUUAUUACAAGGUUUCAAUUAAAUAGGCAUUGCACUGACAUGCCACUGUGA